UACAUAUUUUCCUUAAGCAAAAUCUUUCAAUUCUGGAACAUCGAAAACUUCUCGAUGUCCACGUCGUUCAGGUGUUUUUAUAGCCAUUAUUAUUUCUUGGUUGCUAUAAAAUAAUUCUUCUUUUUGAUUUGGCCAUUUCCAUUGCUUUCCAUAGGGUAUCAUAACAUUGACCAUCGCUCCAAGUUUAAAAGCUUUCGUGAUUUGUCCAGGGUAAUAUUUUUGAUUGUAAAUAACCAAAACGUAAUUUCCAACUUUUCUUGAAUCCACGGAAAAGCCAUUUUUUGACUCUAUCUGGUUCGGCACUGACUUCAUCAUCUGACAGUUCAGAAUUGUAAGGGCUAUCGUCUGUUUCUGCAUAUUUAAUACUCUGAAUGCUACUACCUGAGCUCUCUGAAUCAUUUUUUGUUCUUUUAGAUUUCUGGCUUUUUGUUUCAAAUACAGGUAAGCUGUUGUCAGAAUCUGAACCUCUAGAAGGCUCUUGUAUGCUCCUCAUGUUCUGGAUUCCAGACAUGGAGGGCUGCGGCGAAUUGUUGGGCGGCUAGGUGGAGGAGGCAUUCUGUACAUCAGCAACCGUUAUCCCUUUACCAGGAGGCACUUGGAGUUUCUUUCUUUUACGAAUACGGGGUGCUGGGGUUUCGUGAGGUAUUUGAGCAAGAUGUUCCAAAAAGCUUUCACCAACAACUUUUUUUAUUGCAGGGUCGUCAGCCACCACAUUUCCGUGCAAUCUACUCAAAACGACUUCCUUAUUAAAAGGAAAGAUCCCGAAUUUUCUGAAUCCAAAUUUAAGAUUCUCAACACUGCGCUCUUCCAAUCUUGUCAACAUAGUUUUUAAAAGCCUAGGAAAGGUAUCCUUUGGUAUUCCGCUAAAACGACAUCCUUCAGCCGUGGUCUUCCAGUCAUUUAGAAUUUGUCUCCAGUUUCUCUUCAUAGGACGGAAAUAUGCUACAUCCAGCUGCUGCAGGAGAUGCGUACUAUUUGAAGGCAGUACAAUAAAUCUUAUAUUAUUCAAUUCGCACUGUCUGAUCACCUCCACAUUGAGGUGUGAACUAAGGUUGUCCCCAAUUAAAAUUUUGAGACCCUCUUUUCGUUUUAGAAUUGGGAGAAUUAAAUUAAUAAACCAAUCCUCAAAUACUUGGAAGUCGAACCAUCCAGUACUCGUACGGUUAUAACGGGCAUUUAAUCGACCAUAUUCCGUCCAGGUUGACCAUAGCUUUUGAGCUUUGUAAUUAAUAUAAACCGGAGCAAGCUGACCCUCGGCAUUUCCGCAAAGCAUAAGAGAUGUACAUGCUUUCGAAGAAUUGCGAAUCUUCUCAGGAUACUUGGUCCCCCUCCUUGUAAUAACUUUGGAUCGGCCCGGAUCAUCGACGAGAUUUUUUUCGUCGUAAUUAUCGAUGUUUGCUGGAGGGACCCCUUCCAGCUCAAUUUGGAGAUUAUCAAAGUACUCGUUAAUCACAGCCUCGUCAAUAACUGUUCGUGCGUGCGAAAUAUUUUGGGAGAACCUUUGACUAAGUUCUGAUCUGCGCUUUAAAAAUGAAGCUACCCAAUCAGGAUCCGGAUAGUUGUUGUUAAAACAUGAAACUUUUCUUCCCUGCCUAUCCAAGUAAGCCUUAACUCAAACUUUUAAGUCUUCAGCUGAUACUGGAAAACCAAAGGCAGAUAAAGCAAUUAAAUGUCCAGCGAAUGAUUCUUCUUCAUCUUCCGAGAAGACCAUCGGCUUACCAUGUCUACGAGUAUGCUUUCCAUGGAUUUUGUUCCAUAAAGUGUGUUUCGCUAUCUGAUACUUUUUUGAUGCACUACGGAGAGAAAUCGAUUUACUUUUAAUUUCAUCGACAGCCUGUUGAAGUUUUUCUUCUGAAUAAUUUUUAUAAUUUCGCGCACCAAGUAGACGCUGUGGCUUGCGAGGCAUUAUUAGUUCUGAAAGAGAUAAACAAAAGCUAUACAAAAUUAGACUCAGUGUAACUUUGGUACACUAUGUUUUUUAAAUUAGAUUCCACAGCAAACGUCUGCAGUCUAACUUUGGGACAUGUACCAAAGUUACCUCCACAUGUUACCAUUUUUUAUGUAAACAAACAUAAUAUUUUUUGGUAUCGAUUAUUUGUUUAACUAUAUUAUCAAAACAUAUCCCAAAUAUAUCUACAUAAGAUGUACUUACCAAAAAUAAAGUGGCUUUAAUCGUUUUGGCUGCCCAGUGGAAAGUUUACAGAAAAUUGAAUAAUGCGUGUAACGACUUGUUGCAGCUAAAAAUUCACUGCUGUUGCCGGAACAAAUCUACUGUUGCCAAACUCACAAUUUUUUCCUAUUAUUAUCUUAUAAACAAGAUUGAAUACCAAAAGUUGUCAUAUUUGCGGCUUAAAUAUUUUUGUAAGGUAAAGUGUGGGAAAAAUAGCAGGUGUCCCAAAGUAAUGCCCAAGUCACAAAGUCACCCCGGUUUACGGUACUUAUGAAAAAUAUAUAGUUGGUGAACUGUUGUUUGACCUAAAUCGGUUCGAUUGUCUAUAUGUUAAGAACGUUUUAUUCAUACUGAUGUACAGGGUGACCAACUAAGAAUGCGACGUACUGUAUCUGGGAACCUAUCCAUCGUAGAGGCUUGCGGCAAAAAAGUUCCAUCUAAAACGGUCAAGAGACAAACCUGGAAAAUAUUUUCAAGUUUCUGAAAUGGCCGCUAGGGGGAGUAACUGCAAUCUUGAAUCUAAACAAGUGUUGUUUCUGUGAAUUCCAGUAGGACAGCUAUAGUAUACAACUUAGAGACCUCCAAUAAUGCCAUCUCUGAAGCAGAUGUUACAUCACAUCAGCGCCAAACAUCGAUAGCUGAAGCAUCACGAACAGAUACGGAACAAGUACACAACAAAUGUACAACAGCUAGUGCUAAGUUGACGUGUUGUAGAAAAACCUACAUAAUGUCACAAAAAACCUAUGUAAUACCAAAAAACCUACAGAUUGACACCUUUCAAACUUUUUUCCUUAAAACGACCGAACGAAUCACCCUCUGAAGUUUCGUAUCAAAGUUAGGUAUAUGGUGAAAUUUGUCGCAUUUUGGGAGCCCUAUUGCAUUCUGAAAGGAAUACUGCAAAUACCUGUAUAUUACGCUUGAAAUUAAACAUAAUGCCAGUGUGUCUGCCAACUGGACCUACUGUUACUGCAAAAUUCAAUCAUGUGGAUGUUACAGGUUGGGGAUUCACAGAAACUGGUCGGAAAAGUCAAAUACUUCAGAAGGUAUCUUUACCUGUAGUUUCUUUAGAAGAAUGUAAAAGAGUCUAUAAUAGCCUUCAACAGAAUUUGAAGAUAACCUAUAAGCAACUGUGUGCUGGGGGAAGAAAUGACAAAGAUUCCUGUUCAGGCGAUAGUGGUGGACCUUUGCAGGUUUCAACGUUCCUCAAUGACGACACGAGGUACAUCCAACAAGGUAUAGUCUCAUUUGGGCACAGAUUUUGUGGCGAAGAAGGGUUUCCAGGUGUUUAUACAAAAGUUGCUUAUUACAUGGACUGGGUAUUGGAUACUAUAGGAAAUUGACGUCGUACGCAUCAUACAAUCAUUGUUAUAAUUUUAAUUUAUCUGAUAAGGAUUUAUUUUCUAUAAUAAGUAGGCUGUGGUUAUUUUUUACCGUUAGAAGUGUAUGACUUUUAAACAUGUAGGUGUGGAACUUUUUCACUUACCACGCCACUGGCGAGGAAGCAUUGUAAACGAGAAAAAUUAAAAAAAUGCGAUGUUUUUUGGAUGUUAUAUGACCUCUAUAUCACGAUAAACCAUGUCACGGUGAGGCCUAUCUCUAUGUCGGCCUGCGUGUCUGUCCGCUAAUGCUUGGCCCGUCUACAGUAUAUUCAGAUAAGAGAUAGACCGGAUGUACACAAAAGGUUCGGGUGAUUUUCACGCUAACGCCGCUGUCUCGACGUAAAACAGGAGCCCUCAUUGGUCAAUUCGCAAUUAAAUGCCUAUGCCGAGCGGCAGAGCAGUCGUAUCAAGGCAGAGUCACAUUCGGGUUCAGACGUGUUACGUAUGUCGUGUGCAUCAUUGCAAUUUGACAUUUCUUUGGACGUUUUCGUUUGUUAUCUUAUUAAGUUGUUGAGUUUGUCGUUAUUGUUAUACCUUGUUAUUGAUUGUUAUUGUUAUCAACUGCUUGCGCAAAAUGCCCAGUAGUGCAGAUACUGCCGAUGAAGUUGUAAACUCCUGUAGUCCACCUAGGAAACGCUCUAAAAAAAGACACCUGAGUGCAGAAAUGAAAGAGGUCAUUUUGAAUAUAUAUAAGAUCGAGCGCGAGGAGAACGAGGCAUCAACCAUCAAAGAAAUUGUUGUGAAGGUUUCUCACAAAGUUGGGGUGUGUCGCGCAUCAGUGUUUAAUGUGUUAAGACAAUACAAAAAAAAUCACACCUUUUCUGAGCCAAUGACCAGUAAACAUCGCAAAAGUAUUGUUAAAUCAUUGGAUGAAGCUGAUAAGCAUGCGAUUAGGAGGAAAGUGCAUGAAUUCUUCUUUAGGAA